AUGGCAUCGUCUAGCAGUCCACCAAAGACCUUCAGAGGCAUCGCGACAACGGAGAAGGAGAACUCACCACGUAUCGAAAUAGGUCUCACUGCCGAAGGUGGGAAUAUCCCCAUGAAUGUUACCUGGGUCAUGGGUUUCCCGUCAGGCAACGAACAGGGAAAGUUUCUCACACUAGACAUGGGAGGUACAAAUCUGCGGGUAUGCCAGGUCGCCCUGACAGACGGAAGAGGCCAGUACGAGAUCAUCCAGAGCAAGUACCAGAUGCCAGAAAGUCUCAAAUCUGGUACAGCAGACGAACUGUGGGGAUUCAUCGCAGAUUGCACGGCAACGUUCAUCCAGGAAAAUCGCCUUGCUGAGGGAUUGUCGAACGGGAAACUGCCUGUGUCUUUCACCUUCUCUUUCCCUGUUACCCAGCCAACAAUUCAGAGCGGGAUUCUGCAGCGGUGGACGAAGGACUUUGACGUUGACGGGGUAGAAGGCCAUGAUGUUGUACCACAGCUAGGAGCUGCUCUGGAGAAGAGAAACGUGCCUGUCAAGAUCAUUGCGGUUGUCAAUGAUACAACAGGAACUCUCAUUGCGUCAUCGUACGAGGACCCAGAGAUCCAAAUUGGCAGCAUAUUCAGCACCGGUUGUAAUGCUGCAUACAUGGAAGAGUGUGGUUCAAUUCCCAAGAUCAAGGACUACGGCCUUCCGGACAAUUUGCCGAUCGCCAUCAACACAGAAUACGGUGCUUUCGAUAAUGAUCGCAAAGUCUUGCCCCGGACACGCUUCGAUUGCAUCAUUGAUGAGAGCUCACCACGGCUGGGCCAGCAGAUAUACGAGAAGAUGGUGGCUGGGUUGUAUCUCGGUGAGAUUCUUCGCCUCGUUCUUAUCGAUCUCCACGAUCGGAGCGGCUUUUUCAACGGACAGGAUAUUUCUGCACUCCGCAAACCCCACGUCAUUGACUCCGCAUUUCUGUCCACGGCGGAAGGUGAUCAAUCUCAAGGGCUGGAUGAUAUAGCGAGCAUCUUCAACAGGGACCUGGGCAUCAAACCCGCUCCCCACGAGCUCAAAGUCUCUCGAUAUCUGGUCGUGCUAAUCUGUACACGGGCUGCACGGCUGUACGCCUGCGGUAUCGCGGCUAUCUGUAAGAAGAAAAAUAUCCAAUCUUGCCACGUUGGAGUCGACGGCUCUGUCUUCAACAACUACCCGAACUUUAGGGAGAGAGCUGCCGGAGCCCUGAGGGAAAUCCUAGACUGGCCAGAGGGUACCGAAGACCCCGUCACACUCCAUUCGGCGCGAGAUGGAUCUGGCGUUGGAGCAGCACUCAUUGCAGCGCUCGCCAUGGAACGGUCUAAGGGUAGAAGAGGUGGCCCUCAAGAAUAG